CUGCGACGAUCAAUUAUCUAGGGCUUACUUAUUACCAUGCAUAUGCACUCGCCAUGGCCUUGGUCGGUCUGGAUGCUUCGUUCAGAUACAGAUAAAUCGGACGAUGUAGUUCUUCGUUCGCAGCGACAACCAUCACGUCCGUGGCGAGCUCGUGACUCGUUCUGCUCGAUAUCUCCGCAUGUUGCUGACGGUCCUGAGCGCGAGGCAGGCUCACAUCAAGCUUUCAUUGUAGAAGACCAGGAGAGCCGCGACAAGCCGUGAUAUUUACGUAUCUUCCUGACCGGCCGUUCGUAAGGAAGUUAGGAACGUGUUCAUCAGCCGGCAUCAGCGCCCGGAAAACGGUAUCUUUUACGCUACUUCGCUCAAGUCAAGGGGACCCAGUUCGUCGUUGAGCUCAGUGAUACUUCAAACUGACCAGCAUGGAUCUCCUCCCGAAUGCCGCCAUUGAAUCACUGAAACAGGAUGCCUCGAGCGAUAAAAAGGAUAUCUGCAUCAUAGGUGCAGGUCCCGGAGGGUUGGCCGCACUGCAGAUCAUCAUGGAGAGUCCGCAGUACAAAGAGGGACUAUGGCAUCCGACGGCAUUCGAGGAGCGAGACAAAGUCGGCGGUAUAUGGGUUCCUGCCCCGCCGAAAGACGACCCGCCAAUCACGCCUCUGUACGACUCACUCACGACGAACCUCCCGCACCCCAUCAUGUGCUAUGACUCCCUGCCAUUCCCUCCCUCCACCGCGCUCUUCCCGCAUGCCGUCGCCGUAGAAAAGUACCUCGCAGACUUUGCCACGCACUUCAAUCUCUUUCCGCACAUCCGCCUCGAGACUACUGUGCUUGGCAUCGACUGGGAUGCGAGCACCGCGAAGUGGCGGGUCAGCGUGAGCAGCGGCGAAGAGCACGCGUACGACCUGCUCAUCGUUGCAAACGGGCACUACCGCGUGCCGCGUUACCCCGCGACGCCCGGCAUCGCCACGUGGAUCGCGGCGGGCAAGGCGAUGCACUCCGCAUGGUAUCGCCACCCAGAGCACAAGGGCCGCACCGUGCUCGUCGUCGGCGGCGGGCCGAGUGGGCUGGACAUUUCCGCCGAGUUGCGUGGUGUGGCGCGUGUGGUGAUCCACUCCGUCACCGAUGGCGUGCCCGAAGACAGCGAUGACGGCACGUUCAAGCGGCGCGGGCUCAUCACCGAGUACCUCGAUGUUGGCGAAGGAAAGGUGGUGUUCGAGGACGGCUCGACGGAGACGGGCAUCGAUCACUGCAUUGUUGCGACGGGCUACCAGCACCACCAGCCGUAUUUUCCGCCGUCGCUACUUCGUGUCGCGGUCCCGCCACCUGUGCCUCCGAUUCCACCGACGCUGUACAACUCGACGUACCACCUUUUCCCGCUCGCACGGCAUCUCUUCCCACUAUCGAAGGACUUUCCUCCAUCACGUAUCUGCUUCUUGGGGCUGCUCAAAGGCGUCGCGCCUCUUCCGCUUAUGGAAGCCCAGGUCCGCGCAGCGCUCAAGAUUUUCGCAGAGCCAGAACAUUUCGACUCGACGCAAGAAUCCAUCGGCGUGAUCGCGCGGUACGAGGAGCUGCGCGCGCGUGUGGGUGCGGACGAGCUCCGCAUUGCGGCCACGUGGCACAUCUUCGCGCCGCAAGAGCAGUUCGACUAUCGCGACGAGCUACAUGCAUGGAUCGGCGAAGAGGAUCGCGUCCCGGCAUGGGUGCGCGAGAUGUAUGACAAGCGGGACGUGCUGAGAGCGGAGUGGCGGGACCUGGAGCGGCUCGGUGAGGCGGACGAGUGGGUGCACGGUGUUGGCGAGGGCGGUAUGGAUGAGUGGGUAGAGAUGAUGCGCAAGUUGCUGCGCCGGGCGGAGGAUAGGAAACGAGAGGAGUGCAAAACCAGGCUGUGAGAUGGCUGUUUCGUUGCAAUAACAUCUACACUUGAUGUACUUUUCCGCGACCCUAGACUGCUAAUCACAACGCCAGAUUCAUCUGCAAAUGCAUUAUUCACUAUAAUGUUCACUGCACUUGGACAAUAAGGAGGGCUCUAACCCAAACUGGGCAUAGUCUCCUAUCCGAAUCUUCUGUAGAAAAGUCGACAUAUUCUGCUCCUG